AAAUUAAUUUUUGUCUCGAUUCUCCUUGUAAGAAUCAUGGUACAUGUCAGAGUUUGGCAAGCACUUAUAUUUGCAAUUGUCCUGAGACUCACACUGGAAGAAACUGCCAAGAAAGAGUGAGAGUUACAGUUAGACCAAAAAUAAUUGAAUUCCUUCAACCAGUAACUACUCAAUUAUAUUCAUCAGUCAAUUUCACAUGUAAAGCUAUUGGCUCACCAGCUCCAUCCAUUUACUGGUAUAAGAACAACAAGUUAAUAAAUAGCACUGGUCCUUCAUUGCUAAUGUUUAAUGACCUGAGUCUAAAGAAUAGAGGAGUUUAUCAUUGUGAAGCUAGGAGUGUCAUUAAUGGUGUAAAUAUGAGUGUUAAUGCUACUAAAGUACUACUCAGCAUAAAAGAUGUGUUACAGUAUAAGGCAGUGAUGUCUCUAACUAAUGACAAAUUAAAUGAUUCUGAAUUGAUUAAUGGAACCAUUCAACAACUGGUUGAAGAUAUAAAUUAUAGUUUAUCUGGCAGGAUUAUAGGCAAUUCUAUUUUAUUCUUUCUAGAGUUGCUAAAUAUUCAAGAAAUAGAUCCUGAUUAUGAUCCAGAGAAUGUAUCAUUGUUAAUUACAUUAAUUGCUAAUAAUCAAAACAAAUCGGCUCAAUCAGCAUAUAGCAAAUGAUUUAGGAAAUUUACUAGGGUUAACAAUCACUGAUGUUGUAAGAUUUGAUGGUUGCCCAACAAGCUCUACAACCUUAUUAUCAGAUUCUAGUGAUCCAAGACUUACAUUAACAAUCAAAUGGCCUGAAACUAAUAUUGGAGAAAUAGCUGUAGUUAAUUGCCCAUGCGGUAGUAAUGAUAUGUCAGCUGGUGGUACCUUAAAUGCAUCUCGCUAUUGUGGAGGUGAUUUUGUUAAUGGAGCUAUGUGGCAGAAACCUUUUGUAAUGAAAUGUAAAUUGAGUGAUUUAGCUAGAAGGAUAUGUCAACUUAAAAAUCAACUGUUUCCUCCUGUCAGUUACGUAUCAGUGAUUGAUAUGGUUGAAAAACUUAAGGCAAUAACUAACGGUACUUUGAUGGGAUCUACUGAAGUAGCUACAGUUGUUAGUGUUUUGGAAGCUGUUGCUGAAUUUGCUAAUACAUUUGCUGGAAAUACUAUGUUAAUUACAUCAAUGUUUGAAGUAAUUGAUAAUUUAUUAGCUGUUAAUCAAGAGGCUUUAAUAGAAAGUCAAGCACUAUCAAAUAGCUCAUCAAGAAUUCUUGGUAUUGUAUCUGAUAUAGCUGCUACUUUGAAUAUUACUCAUGCUUCAAGUCAUGUUGUCAAAAGUUAUACUUAUUUUGCUGUUUCAAUUCAAGAAACUAAUUUUGAAGGCAUUGGUGGUCAAACAUUAAGCAUCAAUCUCACAGACUUCUCUGAGUCAAAUGUUACUGUGUACAAUAUAACUCUUGAAACUGAAGGAAACAUUGUUUCUUCUACUGGCUCUGUCACAUUGCCUAGGAGCAUUUUUAACUCUUCUAGUAUUAAAAGAAUCACUAAUGCUGUAUAUUUAACCGAUUCACUGUUUCUCAGGCACAAAUCCAAAUAUUUUAAUGUUAGCAGUGUUGUGAUAUCAACAAGCAUCUUAAGAGAAUUUGAUGCUAUCAAAGAACUGGAGUCUCCUGUCAGUCUUAGUUUUCAACUUAAUCCUGGUAUCAAAGGCUCAUUUCCUCAAUGUGUUUUCUGGGAACAAUCUUUAAACAGUGGGUAUGGUGAGUGGUCUAAUGAUAACUGUGAUACUUCAUAUGAUUCAGUUACGCAAGCAAUCAAAUGCUUUUGUAAUCACUUGACCAGUUUUGCUGUAAUACAGGAUGUGUCUCCUACUGAAUCUUCAACAGAAGUUAAUGUUUAUUAUCUUGAUUCAGUAUCUUGUAUUGGCAUUAUCAUUUCUAUCAUUUGUCUCAUCAUCACUGUUGUGUUCUAUCUUUAUAACAAGGAUUUAAGAUUAUCAAAUCACUGUCACAUACUUCUCAAUUAUUGCUUUGCUCUUAUUGGCCUGUAUCUCUCAUUUAUUACAUCAAUUUAUGCAAGGCAUAUCAAUAGUUUUUGUGCAGUAUCUGGCUUUAUGCUUCAAUUUUUCUUUCUUGUCUGCUUAACUUUGAUGUUGGCUGAAGCAAUAGACCUUUACAUUAACAUUUUAAUUAAUUCAAAUAAAAAGUUUUUCCAUCUAAAAGUUACAUUGGUAUCUUGGAUUGCUCCAAUUUUUAUCGUCGUAUUCUGCUUCUCACCAAACUAUAUGAAUUACAUAAGCAACUCCUCAAACUUCUGUCGUGCUUUUGAUACUCCAUUCUACAUUGGUAUGGUAAUACCUUUUGUCAUCGUUUACUCAUUCAUCUGGGUUGUGUUUAUUAUUGUCAUAAUCUCUUUGUUAAUGUCAUCAAAAAUCAAAGAUACCGUAUACGUUGAAAAUUUCGAGUGUUUAAAUUUUCGUGUUUUCACUGGUAAAAUGCUCAAAAAUUAA